AAACUGCAGCUCCCUGCGCGACAGUCGGGACUCCUGAGUUUGGGAGCGGAGGGAUCAAAUGCAGCAGCAGAUCUGAGGAGAGAAACUCAGGACCCGUCCCAACAUGAAGGAAAGAACAAGUCUUCUAUUCAGCCUCAUCAUAGCAGCGUGUUCCUAUGGCAUCACUGCUCAGAGAACAGCAUGUGAAAAUGCCACCUUGGCCGACAUCGUCUUCUUAGUCGAUGGCUCCAUCGGCUCUGAUAGCUUUCGGGAUGUUCAGAGUCUCCUCAACAAAAUGAUAAAAGCCCUAGACAUCGGCACUAAUAAAGUUCAAAUCGGCUUGGCUCAGGACAGUGAUCAAACUUACCCGGAGUUCCUGCUUAAGGAUUACACAGAAAAGAAAUCCCUGCUGGCUGCAGUGGAAAGAAUCCCCUACCGAGGAGAAGGCAAAAAAACGGGCCAGGCCAUCACCUACCUCCUGGAGAAGUACUUCACCCCAGAGGGAGGGAGCCGAGCCAACAAACGAGUACCUCAGAUCGCUAUUGUCAUCACAGAUGGAGUGUCCACGGAUGAUGUUGUAGUGCCAGCACAGAACCUGAGGAAGAACGGAGUCCUAGUGUUUGGCAUCGGGGUACGAACACGCAACCAGAUGGGGCUUGAAUCCAUCGCCAACCGGCCUCCAGGACGCUUUGUGUUCUCCAUCGAUAGCUUCCAGGAUCUCCAGAGCAAGACGGACAGUCUGCUGCAACGUGUUUGUGUCUCCAUGGAGGAUCAGAGGCAAGCUUUGGCAGAAAAGUUUGCAGAUGUUUUCUUCUUGGUGGACAGUGGCAUAGCUCAAGGACAAUUUGCUGAUUUUAAGUCUGACCUUACCAAAUUGAUCACUGAUCUGGAUGUUGGAUCGUCCACCAACCGUAUCGGUUUGGCUCAGUAUGGCCAACAAACCAAUGUUGAAUUCCUUCUCAAUGCUCAUCCAAAUAGACCGAAGACCCUGGCUGCUGUCAAACGUUUCCGCCUGCGCCCACAACCCAAUCGACCACGUAACCUGGGGGCCGCUCUGGACUAUGCCAAAGCUCAAUUUUUCACCAGUGGGGCGGGAGGCCGGGCACAAAAAGGCUACCGACAGUUCUUGGUCGUUGUGAGUGGAAAAGACUCAGAUGAUAGUGUGUUUAAGGAGGCUUAUGCAAUCAAAUCAGAAGGGACAACCCUUGCUGCAAUGAGCGCAGGUGCAUCAAUGGAUUUUCUACGCUCAUUUGCCAGUGUUGGGUACGCAUAUGAUUCUCCCAGAGUAACUCUUUUAAAAGAUAGCAUCAAGACGGAGAAACUGGAGACCAAUGUUGCUGAAGAUUGCAAAGGAGCCAAACUGGCAGACGUUGUGUUCAUCGUUGAUGAGUCGGCAAGCAUUGGGACCACCAACUUCCAGAUGGUGCGCACUUUCCUGCACUCGAUUGUGAGCAGCCUGGAUGUCAAUCAGAAAAGAGUCCGAGUGGGUGUUGUUACGUACAGUAGCAUGCCCACAGCACACAUCUACCUUAACACGUUCAAUGACAAGAACGAAAUCCUGCAGUUCCUGAAUAUCCUGCCUUACCAGGGAGGUGAGACAAACACUGGAGCUGCCCUAAACUUCACUCGGAAAGAAAUCUUCACAGUGCAGAAAGGCUACAGGAAGGAUGUCCAGCAGGUGGCAGUAGUGAUCACCGAUGGUGAAUCCCAGGAUAGUGUGACAGAAGCGGCAGCCAUUCUCCGUCGGGCUGGUGUCACACUUUACGCUGUAGGAAUCGAAAAUGCAAACAAGGCUGAACUAGAGAAGAUGGUGUCCUACCCCUUCCAUAAGCAUGUUUAUAGCGUGGACAGUUUCAAAGAUCUGAAAACCAUCACGGAGAACCUGCAGAAAACCCUGUGCACUAACAUCAUUGAAGAAGCACUAGAUACAAGAAAAGAAGACGUCAAAGAAGCAUGUGAUCAGAAGGAUGAAGCAGACUUCUUCUUUUUGAUGGACGACUCAGGAAGCAUUGAGAACCAAGACUUUGCUGACAUGCAGACGUUCAUCAUUGAGUUCAUUAGUAUUUUCCGUAUUGGGCCAGGACAUAUCCGCAUGGGCCUUGUGAAAUAUGCUGAUUUGCCAACGAAGGAAUUCGACCUGAAAACCUACUCAGAUGCUGAUAAACUGAAGGAAGCUAUAAAGAGUAUUGAACACAAAGGAGGUGACACCAAGACUGGAAAGGCGCUGUCAUCCAUGGCAACCCACUUUGAGGAAGCUCGGGAUCGGAAAGUCCCAAAGUACCUGAUUGUCGUUACCGAUGGGGAAUCCAAGGAUGAAGUAACAGCUCCUGCUGCAGAUUUGAGGGAUCAAGGUGUCAUUAUCUAUGCCGUCGGAGUGAGUAAAGCAAACCAGACUCAGCUGCAAGAGAUUGCCGGCGACCAAACAAGGACUUUCUUUGUUCAGAAUUUUGAUGCCCUGAAGUCAAUCAAGAAUGAUAUCUUCAGACACAUCUGUUCUCCAGACAUUUGCAAAGACAUACUGGGUGACGUAUUUUUCUUAACUGACAGCUCUGCGAGCAUCAGUGACGCAGACUACCAGAAAAUGAAAAACUUCAUGAAAUCUGUUAUCAGCAUGUCCGCCGUUGGGCAAAAUGAGUUGCAUGUAGGUGUCAUGCAGUUCAGCAGCAACGCCAAACUGGAGUUCCCCCUCAACCAAUACCACAGCAAGGAAGAAAUGUGGAAAGCCAUUGAUAACAUGCAGCAAAUCAAUCAAAACACGCACAUUGGAAAUGCCAUUACUGAGGUGUCGAAGUAUUUCAAGGAAACCAGCGGAGGGCGUUCUAAUCUGAGGCAGUGGCUGAUAGUAAUAACAGACGGUGAGUCCCAAGACAGUGUUAUAGGCCCCGCUGCGGCUCUGAGAGCUAAGGGAGUGUUGGUCUACGCCAUUGGAGUGGGGAAAGCCAUCACCUCCCAGCUGGUAGAGAUCACUGAUUCCUCAGAGAGGGUUUUUACUGAGAGCAACUUUGAUGGGUUGAAAGACUUGGAGAAGAAAGUGGCCUUAAAGCUCUGCGACCCAAAAAGAGAAUGCAAGAAGACAGAAAAAGCAGACAUUAUUUUUCUGGUGGACGGGUCUAAAAGCAUAGGUGAAACAAAUUUCAAAAGCAUGCAGACGUUUAUGGAGUCAAUAGUAAACCAAACCACAGUUGGCAAGGACCUGACUCGCUUUGGGGUCAUUCGUUACUCCACCAGGGUCGAAUCUGUUUUUACUCUUAAGGACCAUGACUCCAAACAAAAAGUUCUUGCACAAAUAAAAGAACUAGAGCUACUAAACGAAGACACCUACACCAGCAAAGCCUUGAAGUACUCAUUAGACUUCUUUAAUGAGCAGCAUGGUGGCCGGAAAGCACUCAAGGUGCCUCAGAUUCUCAUGGUGAUCACAGACGGGGAAGCCACCGACCCAUACCAACUGGAGCCCAACUCUGAUGCACUGCGAAACAACGGAAUCACUGUGAUCAGUAUUGGAGUGAAAAAUGCAACAUAUAAAGAAUUGUUGACCAUGGCUGGUGACGACCCAUCUAAAGUUUUCUAUGUGGACAAUUUCAAGGCCCUAGAAACUCUGUACAAGAAUAUUUCUUCUAUCCUCUGCAAUACCACUAAGCCAGUUUGCAAGAAAGAGAAGGCCGACAUGGUUUUUCUGCUUGAUUAUUCUAGCAGCAUCAACCAAUUGUCCAACGACAAUCACGAGAUCAUGAAAAACUUCACCAGAGAUGUAGUGAACAGCUUUGAAGUCAGUAAAGAGUAUGUGCAUGUUGGAGUUGCACAGUUCAGCGUUCAUACUCGGAGGGAGUUUUACCUCAACGAGUACUUCAGUAGGGAGGAUGUGAGCGCACAGAUCAAGAAAUUGGAAUACGAAGGUGGAAACACUCACAUCGGACAAGCCUUGAAUGAAGUUAAGGAGUACUUUUAUACAUCAAAGGGCAGCCGUAGUGGAAUCUCCAAGAAUCUGAUAUUGAUCACAGAUGGUGAUUCUCAGGAUGAUGUGGAGGACGCAGGUCAAUAUAUCAGGGAUCUGGGAGUUGAGGUGUUUGCCAUUGGCGUUGGAGACGUCCAUGACCUGGAGCUCUUGCAGAUUACUGGCACCCCUGAGAGGCUGUUCAACGUGCGAAACUUCAACGAGUUGGCAAAUAUCAAGAAAAAGUUAGUGGACACCAUGUGCGAACCCAUCCAAGAUUCCCCUGCCUGCAGCAUUGAUAUCGCCAUAGGAUUUGAUUUUUCCCAAAGAACCAGAGCUAGUGAGAUGCUGAUGCGCAUCAGCAACCUCCAGACCUUCCUGCCAGACAUUGUCCAUUCCAUUUCGGAGGUAAAAGGCCUGUGCUGCCUCUUGGCAAGUGACGGAAAAGAUUUCCUUUCUGUCGGGACCAACAUCUCCUUCCAUGUAGUAGAUGAUGGAGGACGUAUAUUGUAUGAUACAGACUUUGUACCCUACAACGAGGCAGUCGUGCAAAAAGUCCUGACGCUACGGAUUCCAGAAUCUACCGCCUUCAACACUGCCCUGCUGAACUACUUCAAGGAGAGGUUCAAGACCAAAUCUGGAGCUGGUGUCAAGGUGGCGUUGAUCUUCUCGGACGGACUCGACGAAGACGUGAUGAAACUGGAGCAUGAAUCAGAGCUGCUGCGACAGUCUGGGGUCAGCGCUCUGCUGACGGUGGCUCUGGAGGGAGCGAGGAAGCCCGCCGAGCUGCAGAUGGUGGAGUUUGGCAGAGGAUUUGGCUACCAGCUCCCCAUCCACAUCGGCAUGCCAAGCAUUGGCAACGUCAUCCUCCAACAGAUUGACACAGUGUCAAAUAGGGAGUGCUGCAACGUCACAUGCAAAUGUUCGGGACAUGAAGGCAUCCGUGGCCUUCCAGGCAAACCAGGGAUAAAGGGUCUUCCUGGACAGAAGGGUCAUCCAGGCUUCCAGGGAGAGGAGGGAGGCGUCGGUGAGCGAGGACCUCCUGGACCAAGUGGACCUCAGGGCAUCCAGGGCUGUUCUGGAUACAGAGGACAGAAGGGCAACCGAGGGGUCUCCGGCAACAGGGGUGAGAACGGAGAAGACGGACUGGACGGAGUCGACGGAGAGCAGGGACUUACGGGACUAGAUGGAGCCCGAGGAGACAGAGGAGACCCAGGAAACCCGGGUAUCCCGGGUAUAAGAGGAGAGGCGGGGCUGAAAGGACAGCGAGGACUGAGAGGAGAUCCGGGUGAACCAGGCACGGAUAACAGGACCCCCGGAGCCAAAGGAGACCCCGGAAACCCAGGUUUACCGGGUAUACCCGGAGAGGACGGUCAGAAAGGAGAUCCUGGAAUCCCUGGAAACAGGGGUCCAGAUGGAAGAAGAGGCCCCAUCGGUGUGAAGGGUUUGCCUGGAGGACCGGGAGCUCGAGGACUCCCAGGGAGCCCAGGUGCUUCUGGUCCACAGGGACCCAGGGGGGGAAACGGAGAUCGUGGACCAAAAGGAAUAUCUGGUUUUCCUGGACCUCAGGGUGAACCAGGACCAGCAGGAGGACCAGGACUACCCGGACGCCGUGGUGCUAACGGGCAGAAGGGCCAACCAGGAGAUCCAGGCGUGAAGGGUUCUCCAGGAUCACUGGGACCCAGAGGAAUGCCAGGUCAGGAUGGAAAUGACGGUUAUGGACCUCCAGGACCCAAAGGUGCCAAGGGAGAUCCUGGUUUUCCUGGUUACCCUGGUCUACCGGGUGAGGAUGGUAUGAAGGGAACAAAAGGAUAUCCAGGACGCAAAGGGAACCCAGGUCGAGGGGGGAAUUCAGGCAGUUCUGGAGAAUCAGGCGUGAUUGGAGACCCGGGACAUCCAGGACGCAGGGGUCCCAGAGGUCCUCCGGGAAGCAGAGACGUGACUUGUGAGCUGAUCACAUACAUCAGAGACAACUGCGCAUGUUCCCACGGUCAAUCGGAGUGCCCAGCGUAUCCCACUGAGCUGGUGUUCGGUCUGGACAUGUCCGAGGACGUGACCCCGGCAGUCUUUGAGAGGCAACGCUCUGCCCUCCUCUACCUGCUGGAGGACAUCACGAUCGCUGAGAGCAACUGCCCGACGGGCGCCCGGGUCGCCGUGGUGGGAUACAGCGCCCACACCAAUCAGCUGAUCCGCUUCCAGGACUACCGCCGCAAGAAGAAGCUGAUUGAAUCUGUGAAGAACAUCGCCCCGGAGAGGACCUCCAACCGACGCCAACUGGGAGCCGCCAUGCGCUUCGUGGGUCAGAAUGUCUUCAAACGUGUUCGUGCAGGAGUCAGGAUGAGAAAGAUGGCUGUCUUUUUCUCCAACGGGCCAUCACAGGACAGUUCCAACAUCGUUACCGCCAUGAUGGAGUACCGGGCCCUGAACAUUGUCCCGGCGGUCAUCUCUCUGCGUAACGCCCAGGCUGUUAGUCGAGCAUUGCAGGUUGACGACACAGGAAACUCCAUCUUUAUGGUGCUGGGGACGGACAUGACUGACCUGGGGAAGGUGAAGAACUGUGCAAUCUGUUACGACCCGUGUAGGCCUUCAGAGCAGUGCACCUUCAUCCAGGAACCGGUUCAGCCUCAGGAGGUCGACUUGGACCUGGUCAUGGUGGUGGACAGCUCCAGGGAGGUGCAGGCUGAUGAGUACACCGGUGCUCAGCAGCUGUUGGGUUCUGUGGUGGAGCAGUUGGCUGUGAGCCCGCAGCCCCGCAGGGCCGGCAACCAGGCCCGGGUGGCUGUAGUCCAGCAGAGCGGUACCCAGGCUGUUAAGGUGGAGUUCGGCCUGCAGACCUACCAGAACCACAACCUGAUGAAGAGGCACCUGAUCCAGAACAUGCGUCAGCAGGGCGGCUCCUCUGCGCUGGGACAUACGCUAGAGUUCACCCUGAAGGAUGUGCUCCUGAAGGCCAGCCAGCCCCGGAGGAGGAGGGCAGUGCUGACCGUGGUGGGAACCCAGACGGCUUACCAAGACCGAGCCAGGCUGCAUUACAUCUCCCAGAAGGCCAAGUGUGAGGGGGUGGCGCUGUUUGUGGUAACGGUCGGCGAGCGCUACAACCGGACCCAGGUGGAGGAGCUGGCCAGUCCACCUGUACAGCAGCACCUGAUCCACAUCAGCAAUCUGAAGGCUGACGAGCAGGGCUACGCCCAACGCUUCUUCAGGGUCUUCCUCACCACCCUCAACAAGGGAAUGAACACAUAUCCUCCGCCUUCAUUAAAACAGACCUGCAACCAGCUGACGGACUUAGAGGAUGAAGGGAUAUUCUUAGACAGUGAGGGGUCGGCAGAGCUGAAGGGGGAAAUCCAGGGGGAUGAAGUCCAGGAGAAGUUUUGGGAGCAAGCGGGAGGAAAGACUCAGACUGUACAGCUGGAUGUCAUCGAGCCUUUGACCCCAGUGGACGGCCAGAGUUCAGACUCAGGACCCAACCUCAACGACGUCUGUUUGCUCAGCCAGGACACCGGCGGCUGCCAGAACUACACCAUAAUGUGGUCCUUCAACAACGAUCUCGGGAAAUGCGCUCGCUUCUGGUACGGCGGCUGUGGCGGCAACGGAAACCGCUUCAAGACAAAGUCAGAUUGCGAGAAACGGUGUGUGAGGAAGAGUCAAUGAGGAGUACGAGUGAUGACUGGAUGAAGGAAACUGCAGCUUUGCUUUAAAUCAGGAAUAAUCUUUAAAAAACAUGUUCAUCUUCAAGGAGAAACGUUUCAGUUCUGGGACAUUUAAACUGAAAACACAUCAAAGUUUAAACUGUUCCAAAACUGGAGAUUACCAAAAGAAAGAGCACCUUCGCUUGGAGAAAUCUACAGAAGCCCUGAAAACGAGAAAAUAUAUAUUUCCAAGUUUACUUUUUUGUCCACUUAUGAAAUAACAUGUUUAAAAAAAACACCAAAACAUGAAUUUAAUUUCAGUUUCCCUUCAGGGCUUCCAUACAGCUUGGAGAUUGUUCUAUUUUGUAUUUCAUCGAGAACUUUCUGUUGGACGUUGAUUCCACCUUUUACUCUUUAACUGGACCUGAUGCACAACACGACCUUCAGUGUCUUUCAGGAUUUUUUUUUCCCAGGUAAAUUUCUUUAUAUACAUAUUUUACUUUUACUUUUAAAUUGUAUAAUUUUUUUAACCAGUUUUUAUAGAUAAAUAAAAAAUUCACUCUCCUUCCAGGGCUUCCGUACCCACUGGAGAUUGUUUUAUUUUGACUUUUCUUCACUCGAGAACUCUCUGCAGGUUGUUUUUCGAUCUUUUACUGAACCUGAGGAGACUUGAGCGUCUUCCAGGAUAUUUUUGAUUUUUUAUUAAAUCAGGUGCUAUUUUUGUUUUCAUUUUAUUGAGCUGCUGGACAAAUACAACAGGAAUGCACACAGUCUGGAUUUGUUACCAUUUCUGUAGCAACAAACUUCAUUUCAUUCGACUUCAUGAUUUUCCUUUUUCUUUCUGUACUAGUUUCUGAUUAAAAUUCAUAUUUCAGAUGA